AUGGGAGCAGAUGGAAGUGAGCCACUUGAAGAGGCGCUGGAAGAAGAAAAUUUGGAAGAUGCGAGCCUCGUAGAUGUGGAACCGUUCGGCUUUUUGAACCCAGUUUUAAUAGAACAAAUGGCACCUAGACUCCCUCCUCCGCCACAACCUAGUGAGCCUGACACGACCAAUAACACUAGGUUGUUGGAAACAGUGAUUGAGAGGCUACAACAACAGAACGCUCUCCUGAUGGAGCAAAAUCCAGCUGCUCAACAGAGUUUGGAGGCCGCUCGCGCCAACUCUGAAGCUACACAAAAGCAACUGAUGGAUAUCCUUGCCGCUACCAGAAACACACCGGGAGCGUCCUCUUCUAACGCUACCCAACAUGCUGAAUGGAGUUUGGAAAGCUUUCUUCAACAUCAUCCCGCCAAGUUUAACGGAAAGUGCCUUCCUGAUGAGGCAGAUCAGUGGCUGCGGGACAUGGAAAAGAUCUAUAAUGCAAAGAGGUGCCCUGAUGACAACAGGUUGGCGUUUACAGAAUAUCUGUUGACUGGUGAGGCCAGCCACUGGUGGGCGAGCGUGAAGACUAUACUGACGGACGCUCACGCCCCCAUCACUUGGGAGGUUUUCAGAAAUAAAUUUUAUGAAGAGUAUUUUCCAGACAGCGUUCGCUACGCCAAGGAAGUGGAGUUCCUUCAAUUGAUACAAGGGGGAAAGUCUGUAUCGGAGUACACCAAUACUUUCAAGCAGUUAUUGAGGUUCAACACUAUGGCCACUAGUGAAGAGUGGCAGUGUAGGAAGUUCGAGAAUGGACUAAGGAGCGACCUGAAGGUGUUGAUCUCGAGUUUAUGCAUUCGGUCAUUUCCUGCCAUGGUGGAGAGAGCCAAAGUACUGGAGAAGUCAAUCUCAUUUGCUUACCUCUUCAAGAAGAAGAGGAAUUGUUAG